AUAUGCUUCUGAUGAAAAUACAGACCCAUCAGUCAUCAUUUCCAGCUUUGAACUGGAUGACAGAAUCUGCUCUGCUCUCCACCCUUCCACUGUGUCAACUUCUGUUUUCCCCAGAAAGCUCAGAAAGCUGAAGAAUUGUGAAGGAGAGUCAGUGACCUGUAAAAGACAAAUAUGUCAUCACUCUCUGCCAUUAUUUUUAUUAUUUUAUAUGGUGUUCAGUUCUUUGUAGGCAUUAUCACUAAUAUAUUUAUAGUGACUGUGAACGUGAUUGACUGGACUAAAGACAUUAAGUUGUCUUCAAAUGAUCAAAUUCUGGUAUAUUUGGGACUGUCUAAUCUUUUUGUGCAGUGCACAGCCACAGCUGCUGACUUCUGCUUUUUUUUCUGGACAGACCUACUCUACUCAGGUUUCAGCUCGCAAACUUUUUUCUUUUUCGUAUUUUUUGGCAGUAUCUGUGCUUCCUGCUUUACUGGAUAUCUAUGUACUUGCUAUUAUGUGAAGAUAACUGACAGUACUUAUCCUCUUUACCUGAGGAUGAAGAUGGCAUUUAUCAAGAACUUACCCUGGCUUCUCCCAUGGAUCAUUGCAACAAGCUUUGGAUUGAGUCUGGCUGCAGUUUGGGAUGCAUCUAAGAAAGUUUCCCUUGACAUGACAGCUAAUUUCAGCACCAAUUAUACCAAACCAUUGCUUUUGUUUCAUUACUCCACUGCCUUCCGCAUCAUCCUCCUUUUGCUGGAAUGUAUUUGGCCUCUUAUAGUAACAUCAUUUUUAGUCCUGAAGCUCAUCAAGACCCUCUGCAAGCACAUCAGGAACAUGGAGAGGACCAUGGCCUUUGGCCAACCUAAUCUGGAUGCCCACAAACAUGCCACCCGGACCCUGACAUCUCUCCUUAUCCUUUUUAUUUCCUACAACCUGCUUUGGAGUAUACUCGUCUAUGAUAUUUUUUCAUAUCCCAGCACUGGGUUUUUAAUUUGCAUCACUUUGCUUGCCACACUCACAUCCGUACAGGCCAUAACCUUGAUCCUGUGUAACCGAAGAAUGAAGCAGAAAGCCUUGAGGAUCCUACAGAGCAUUAGACAAUUUUCAGGUGGAUAGACAGCUCAUGAACCAGGCCCCUGACAUUAGAGAGUGACCCCUUUUAUGACUUUAACCACAUAAAAUGCUGUGCACAAGUAAGAAGUCUCUUUCUUCUAAUAUUGUCUCCAUCUCCAUGUCUCUAUCCCUUUUCCUCUCUAUUCACAAAUGUGUUUCAGCAUUUCAUAGAUUCACAGAUUUAGAGGCUAGAAGAAACCAAGAAGAAAUCAAGUCUUGACCUUUAUGUAUCACAAACUUUCACCCAGCUACCCUAGUAGUAAGCACAAUAAUGUGUUUUAGCCAAAGUCUGUCUUCCAGGAAGGCAUCCACACUUUAUUUGAAAACUACAUUAUCUGUUUAUCUCUAGAACUACAUUGCUUGGAGUGUUCUUAGUUCUUACUUUAUUAAUUGCUUAAGACUUUUUGUAUGCUGUUUGUUUCUUUUUAUGCAUGUUAGAAAAUAUUAAAA